AUGGAAGAACACAAUGAAAAGAUGCAAGAAAAGUGUGCUUGCCAAAAUGAAAUGCAACGCAUACAGUACCAUGCAAGGAAAGAUAUUAUUAACAAAAGAAGACGAGAAAACCAACACAUCCUUCUUGAUGAAGCUUCCACAUUUGAAUUCUCUUCAUCUAAUAAUCCUUUUUGUCUACCAUCACAUCCACCUCAAUUACAACAGAUAAUUGAGCCCAACCUUUUUGCCCAAAUGCAACCUCCAUCACCUUUCUCUCAAAAUUAUUACAUUGCUAGUAAUAAAUUUCGUUCAAAGUUGGAUAACCUCUCAAACAUGUCAACAUGUUUGGUUUGUAUGGAAAGAUAUCCUAACAUCAAAACUAAGAAAUAUGAUGGAAUAACUACUUCUCAUAGAUGCACAUUAGAAAAUAAUGGUCAUCGAUUCUCAAAAUGGAACAAUAUGGAUCUUGAUCAACAACCUAUCUGUUUGCAAAGACUAUCUCAAAUUGAGGGGAUGUUGAUUGCAAGGGUUAGCCCGGUACUUCAAGUUACUUAUGCUAGGGGAGGGCAACUCAAAUAUAGUGACCACACUAUUUGUUUUCCUCGAGAUAUUACUACAAUUGCAUCCUACUUGUCAAGGCGUAUACAUGAAUUAGAUAUAAUAAUAAUAAAUAGGGAAAGCAUUGGGCAAGAAAAAUAUAAGUUUUAUGUUAGUAGAGAUCGUGUUCAUGAAGCAUUGAAAUAUAAGAUGAUAAAUGACCCAUACUAUAAAGAUGUAAAGUUAGAUGAACUUGCAUUAACAUAUUUACCCAUUUCCUCUACUGACAUCUCAAACCUUCUAUAUGCAACAAUUUCAACCACUAAUCCAGGAGAUGCAGAGUUCAUGCAAUCAGAUAUUAUAGAGGAUGAUGCAUUACAAGAGAACAUGGAAUCACGGUCUUCAUUUGUGGAAAAUAUUCUACUUGCACUUAGAGAGGUUGAAGAGGUGUGCUCUUUACUACAACUAGGGAAAGGACAACCAACUCCUACUCUAAAUUGGCCACCCAUUUCUCUAUCCCCCAUAAACGAAUACACCACUGAAGGAUUGUUUGCAAUGGUAUUUCCCACUUUGUUUCCAAAAGGAAGCACCAUAUUCAAACAACAACGCAUCAAAGAAGUUAAGUUACAUGAAUAUGCUCUGCAUCUUCUACGAUACCAUGAUAAUAGAUUUGGGCAAUACCCACGAUUUAGAUACUUCAUACUAAACAUAUUGAUGUGUCAUUGA